UUUGUUUGAUGUUAUCACUUGAGUAAAUAACAGUUUAUCCUUGAUAAGGCGCACUAAUUGACGGUGGUCGUUGUGUGCGAUGUUUUGGUGGCAUUUUCUGUUACUUUCCCUGGCACUAUCAGGAAAUCUCGCCAGUGAUAUUUUUCCUGACAUCACAUUAGAAGAAUGUGCUGUAACAAAAGGUUGUCUUAGACCUGCCAUGUGCACAGAGUCCUCAUGUGCAUUUCUUGUUACUUGGAAGUUGGUGUCUGUAAAUUCUGAGAACUAUGUGGAAUUUGAACUAAGAGGGAAUGUCCAGAAAUCUACAGGAUUUAUUUCACUGGCCUUCUCCAAGGACCAAAGAGUUGGGGAUGAUGGUGUUGUUGGGUGUUAUUAUCAAUCAUCAACAAACUCUGUAAACAUGCGAGCUGGUUACAAUGACAUAACUGGAAAGACAACAACUUUCUAUACUGGACCUGAUGAGGAUCUGCUGAUAACCGAAGGUGAAGAUCUAGGUGGUGUAUUCAACGCGAUGGAUGGCACUUUACAAUGUCGUUUUAGACGACGCGUUAGACCGUUGGAUACAGUUCAUCAACUAAUGGAUUUAACAUCACCUAACGCCUAUCAUUUAAUUGUUACACGUGGUGAUGAACGCAAAAAAGACGGAUUCGGUCGUCCUUUUGCCGGUGGAGAAUCUAUUUCACAACGUCCAGUUGUGAUCACAUCACCUAUUUACGGAAGUAUGACUGGUGUAGCUGGCCGCGGAUCGUCAAUAGCUAAAACUCAUGGCUGUCUUAUGGUAUUAGCCUGGGUACUGUGUGCCAGUAUUGGUGUUAUACUAGCACGUUAUUAUAAAGACGUUUGGCCUAAUUCUGGCCUAUUGGGUGAACGUGUCUGGUUUCAAUCGCAUCGAAUAUUACAAGGCAUAUGUGUUGGCUUGACGUGUAUCAGUAUAAUAUUGAUUUUUAUCUAUUGCGAAGGUUAUUCCCAAGCAACUGCAUAUCCCUACUACAUACAUCCAAUUCUUGGUUUGAUUGUUUUCUCCUUGGCGUUGAUCAAUCCAUUUAUCGCUUUAUGCCGAUGCAAUCCAGCGCAUGAAUACAGACCAUGGUUCAAUUGGAUACACUUUUUCGUCGGCACCUUUGCUUAUGUCUUGUCUGUACCAACAAUGAUGUUAGGCCUGCGUAUGCCUGCUGCUGGCCUCCAACUGCAAUUUAUUAAUUAUCCACUAUGGAUUUUAAUAUUCUUUGUUAUAUUCCAAUUUAUUAUUGAAAUUGUUUUGGAGAUACACGGAUGUUUCUAUUAUCGUCGGAAUAAGAAUAAACGUCGUACAUAUAUGGUUGAAAUUGACCAGUAUCAAGCUGCUAAACGUUUGAACAAUGCACGUCAACCACGUCCUCCGGAACCAGAACCUUCUGGUCGUAUGUUCAAAUACUUCAUAAUCGGUCUUCAUGCUACAGUCUGUGCAAUUGUUGCUGUCAUCUUGAUCAUAAUCAUAGCAGUUAACUAAAGGAAAGGAAUUAAUUUAUGCUUCACGUUUUAGACUACUUAAUUAUUUUAUCAGUAGCCUUUAAAAAUCCUUCGAAAAUAUACACAUAUAUAUAUUAAUGCGUACAUUAUGUGUUCAAACAAACUAAUGUAAAUGUGCCUUAAACAUCUGGUUUUGACUGAAUACACACACAAGUACCUACCUACACAUAAUACAAUACAUGCAGUCAAAGAUUCUACAAACAUAUUCGCUGUCUUUUCGUGUUUUUUUUUAACAAAAAUCGCUUUUUAUCUAUUGCUGUCACACACACACACACACUAUUUAUGUUUGCAUGCAAUCGCCGAUCUCUGUAGCCCUAUUAUAUUUAUACACAUACAUUUGCAGAAUUUGUUCUCCUUGUCACUAGGUAUAUGAAUUUCGUUGUUUACACUAUAUUUAUGAAUUAUAACUGAUACUUCAAAUGAUAAAAGAAGAGGCCAUAGUUCAUGAAUGCAUUACAAAUGUUUUUUUUUAAAUAUAAUUAUCAAUGGUUCAAUAAAGUUUAUGCAAACAAUAUACAUACACAUACAUAUACAAAUAUGAAAUAAUGCGUUUCUCUUCUUUAAAGGAUAAAAUGCUUCUCCUUUGAGCACCUUCUUUUUCACACACACACACAGACAAACACACUGCUUUUCUUAGUAGAGUGGUUUUUACGCGGCUAUUUCAAAAUUAGAGAUUUCGUACACACCUACCGCCAACUAUCGGUUCUCUUCCUACGUGCAACAACACACUGUGUGUGUGUAGGCAUAAAACUAUUGUAUUCAUCUCUUGACUGUUAUUGUGUUGGCGUUACCACCGGAGAUUCAUUGUUCUUGUUUUAAUCAACCGGGUUAUUAUGAAGGCAACCGCUUAAAUCUGGAGCGGUUUCGUUCAUUGAAAAUCACUCCCUUUUAUCAAAAUUAUGUCAGCCAUUUAUUAUUUCCAUUGCCAAACUAUUGGUUCGAUGUGUUUUAUUGUAAGAUGAAGUUGUUUUAAUCGGCCAUGAUGUCUUCCAUCAGCGAAUUUUGUGAUUUUCUUGUACGACGUCUUUUUAUCAUUGUUGUUUUAAAAAGUUUUACUUCUCUUGAAUUUUUUUUUGGUCUUACCUAUUUAUCUGCUAUUUACACACUAAGCGAUGUUCAUCUAUUCAACAUGGCGGGAAAGAUUGUUUAUCUCUACUUUCUCUGCUUAUAUAAGUCACUUGUCUUCUUUUAUUCACUCACCUAUACUCGUCAUUGGUUUAUUCAUUUAUAAUAUUGAUUAGUCUUUAUCAGCGCUAGACAAAAUAAUAAAAAAGCAACAAAUAUUUCAACUGCU